AUGUGUCAUUUAAACAUGUUAAAAUUUUAUCAAAUUGCUGAUUCUUCACAAUGUGAUGCCAGUGAAUUGAUUAUGAUUGAGUAUACUAUUUCGCCUUGUCUCGGAUGGCAUGCCUUAACUAACCAACUCUACGAUUGUUGGCCAUUACAAAGUCCAAAUGAGUAUAAUAUGAUUCCUUGUAAUGGCUUGAGAAUGAACUGGUUUGGUGCUCGUAUUGACUCAGUUCGAUCUGCAGAAGAAUUUAAUGUCUCUUUCAGAAUUACGGCAUCGGAUGGAUUUUAUCAGUAUAUUGUAAAUAGAGGAUUUUACCCAGGAAAUUGGACCCAAGCCAAGAAUUGGUGUGAAAGCGUUGAAUGCCCUAGUGCAGAAGUUGCAACUGAAGAUAAUUGCUGUUUGCAUCAUGUCAAUCUCCAUUCCUGUCCGAGAACUCAAUUAAGCUCUCGAAAUGCAACCAUUUGUGGGCCCUGGAUUGGCCCUCAGGGUAGUAUAUUUACUCAUACACCAUCAAAAGUCGAUAACAUGAGCCAUCAGAACUGGACUCUCCCUCUGACAUUAUUCACUGCCGGUCAUACUUCAUUAAUUGCUCAUAUUCGAAUAUUCAAAGUGCAAAUUGCACUUCAUACAACGUUAGAAGUUUUACCAAGCACUGUUUGCGGUGAUGGAGUCUGUAAUGGAACAGAAACUUGUGAAACAUGCCGUAGUGAUUGUGGACUAUGUAUGAGUAUAAUUGCGGCUAUAGUUGUUCCGUGUGCUCUCUUGAUGGUCAGUGGCAUAGCCGCAAUAUCGUGGAUAUAUUAUCAGAAACGUAAAUUGUUUUGGGAUGAAAGUUGGAUCAUUAAUCAUGAAGAAAUUCGACCGGAUACUGGUGUGCGCAAUGCUUUAGGUAGUCUUGCUAGCAUGGCUAAUCCAGGCUCAUUACAAGGUCAAAAUGUGCAGGUUUUCACUGAAACAGGCAUUUAUAAAAGUAAAGUAGUAGCUAUCAAGAAAAUUCUCAAGAAUACCUUUGGUAUUACUAUGGAUGUUAGAAGAGAGGUUCGGCAAUUGAGGGAACUAGAACAUAACAAUCUUUGUAAAUUUGUUGGUGCUUCUAUCGAUAUUCCAUACGUAUACAUCCUUACAGAAUACUGCCCUAAAGGCAGUUUAUACGAUGUAUUGCAGAACGAUGAUGUCCCACUAAACUGGUCCUUCAGGAUAUCUUUUGCAGCUGAUAUUGCACGUGGAAUGGCCUACCUGCAUUCUAGAAAGUUAUUUCAUGGUCGCUUAAAGUCAUCAAAUUGUUGCAUUGACGACAGAUGGACAAUUAAAAUAACAGAUUUUGGGGUACCAAUAUUACGAAAAGUGGAUACGAAAAUAAAAAAUAUCGAAAUGAAUGAAUAUGAAAACAGCGACUCCAAACGAAGAUAUGAGAGAGUUUAUUUACCUCCAGAAUUGCUACACUAUGACAAGCUUCCACCACCAGAGCCAACAACAGAUAUUUACAGCUAUGCAAUUAUAUUAAUCGAAAUUGCAACUAGACAAGAUCCAACUGCGGAGGACACUUCACAAGAUGAUGGAACUUGGAGACCUCCCUUGCCAGAGCUUGAUAGAGGAAGCGGCGAAACUUUCUGUCCUAAUCCAUCAAAAUAUCAGGAACUAAUCAAGUAUUGCUGGGAUGAAGAUAUGGCAUCUAGGCCUACUUUUGAAACUAUCAAAAAAAUACUGGUAGAAAUCAAUCCUUCGAAAAUGAGCCCUGUAGACUCUAUGAUGAGCAUGAUGGAAAAAUAUUCUAAAGAUUUAGAAAUUUUAGUGGCCGAGCGUACUCAAGAAUUAGAGUUAGAGAAGCAAAAAACAGAUCGUCUUUUAUAUAGCAUGCUUCCUAAGCCUGUUGCUGAUAAACUGAGGCAAGGAAAAGGAGUUGAUGCUCAAGGAUACGAAUCAUGCACCAUUUUCUUUAGCGAUAUUAUUGGAUUCACAUCUAUUGCAAGCCAAAGUACACCAAUACAAGUGGUUGCAUUGCUAAACAAACUUUAUACUACAUUUGACGAUAUCUUAGAUAGACAUGAUGUCUAUAAAGUAGAAACUAUCGGAGAUGCUUAUAUGGUUGUAUCUGGAUUACCACAAAAGAAUGCUAGGCAUGCUUGUGAGAUUGCUAACAUGGCACUUGAUUUAAUAGCCGUAUGCGAUCAAUUUGUUAUACCUCAUAUGCCACAAUGGAAGUUCUGUAUUCGAGCUGGAACACAUUCUGGCUCCGUUGUAGCUGGAGUAGUGGGCCUCAAGAUGCCGCGUUAUUGCUUAUUCGGUGAUACUGUGAAUACUGCAUCGAGAAUGGAAUCUACUGGAGAAGCCUUGAAGAUACAGAUUAGCGGAGUUACUCGUCAAAUUUUGGAUUCAUUUGGAUGCUACAUUAUGGAAUCUAGGGGCCAAAUUAAUGUCAAGGGCAAAGGCAUGAUGGAAACAUGGUGGCUUAAAGGAAGGCGAAACAUCGAUGAAAUCCUUAAAAGAGAUUCUUUAGCUCAGGGAAAUUCACUACAUAAAUCGAUUCCUGAUAUUCAGUCUGAUCCCUUAGAAGAAAAGAAACUUUCAUCUCGUGAGACUCCGCCAACGCCAGUUAGCCAAUCUCGUGUUUAUGUUCACGAUGGGAAAGAAAAAACGAAUUCCUUUGCAAAUCUAAUUGAUAUAGACAAUUAA